GGUUGAAACCCCUCAAUGAACAAAACUCAAGAAUGUUAUUGAUGAAUAGAGUAUUUGGGUCUAAACAUAGCUGUCCACCCCAACUUAAAGAAGUUAUGGCUGAUAUUUUGAAGAAGUGUCAUGGAUUGCCACUUGCAAUUAUCACAAUAGCUAGCUUAUUAGCUAGUGAAGAAAGUUCAAGGAAGCGCUGGGAGAGUAUAAGGGAUUCUCUACGUCACCAGUUUGCCGAAAAUUCCACCUUGGAAGAGAUGAAGAGUAUAUUAAACCUUAGCUACAUGCAUCUUCCUGGUCGCCUGCGGGCAUGUUUUUUGUACCUUGAUCUGGACGAUGUUGGCAGGAGUUAUUUCAAUGAGCUUAUCAAUAGAAGCAUGAUCCAGCCUUGUAAAACAACAUAUGGAGAGGUGUUGUCUUGCAGAGUACAUGACAUCAUGCUUGAUUUUAUCCUAAGCAGAUGUGAUAGAGACAACUUUAUAAGUGUAGCAUACAAUUAUGAAGACAUGAAAAGGCUACAUGGCAACAAAUACAAGGUUCGUCGAUUAUCUGUGAGAUCCAUGGCAGGUAGUGAAACAACAUAUGACCCAAGAAUAGUUCUUAGCCUAUCGCAAGUUCGAUCAUUUACAUUAUUAGGGAACUCCAUGCCUCCUAUUUUGUUGUUCAAGUAUCUUCGAGUGUUCAGAAUUAAUGCACCUAGGGGAAGCUUGAAGAGACUCGACCUCACUGCUAUUAGCCAAUUAUUUCAGCUAAGGUAUUUGUAUAUUUCGGGACCAGAUUUCGUACAGGUCCCUGCUGAACUUCAAGGGCUUGUUUACUUGGAGAUGCUAGACAUACAUGAUGUUACAAUGGAAGAAAUGCUCCCUCAGUGGAUUGGGAAUAUGAAAUCGCUGCGGUGUCUGAUAGUAUGGAGGAACGAGCUGACCAAUCAAAGAAAAGUGAAUGUGAUGAAGGUUAUUAUGGGUCUUGGUGGGCUGACUAAUCUAAAGGAACUGAAGAUCAAAGUGGGUUUUUUGGAGAGACCAGAACUGGAUGCUUUGGCCUGCUCCAUUGGAAAGCUCCAUAACCUAAAAAAUCUUCAAAUUGAUGGUAUCACUGAUGAAAAAUAUCAGUUAGGCUCAUUAUCCAAUCCUUUUCAACGUAUCGAGCAUUUUCACGGGAAAUUAUGGAAUUUCGGUAGAGUUCCCAUAUGGAUGGGUGGUCUCCACUGCCUACGCAUCCUCAACCUGUGUGUGGUAGAUACAUCAACUGAGGAGUUUCAUCUUCUUGGAGAGCUUCCCUCCCUCGUUGAACUCCAUUUUAGUGCGCAGUUUAUCCCUAAAGAAAGGGCUAUAUUGAGUACAGGACUAUUCCCGGUGUUGGAGCACUUCACAUUUUUGUCUGGGGAAGAUGUUAUGGCAUACCUGGGGUUUGAGGCGGGGGUCAUGCCCAACCUACAAACCCUCAACAUUUGUUUUAUUAAGGAGUGGGGCGGCAGUAUACCUGUCGGCAUGGAGCACCUGUUACGCCUCCAGAAGAUACAUAUGUUUGGGCCUUGCUCCCAUGAUGCCACGGUGUCUGCAGUCAGGAAAGUUGUAUCAACGAACCCAAACCACCCUUCCGUUAAAUAUUGGUAUUAGUUGACUUCCGGUGUCGAAAAGCAGUUUGAAUAUGUCAGAUUAUGCGGGCAAUCUGUUUUACCGACAAUGAGCUGCCGCAGCAGGCCCUUCAAUUAAGGAUGGACAUGCUGAGUUGGAAAUCUUGUGGCGCUGUCCGGGAAUUGCAUGACCCAGUGCAUGUAAUCCAGAGCAGCUACGGGGCUCGGAACUAGCGCCCUGAAUUGCUUGGAGAUGUGAUUGAGAAUUUGGAGUCCACAGUCCAGCGAAGCUUUACAUUGUUGUUUGUGCAGUUGACUGCAGAACUUUUGGAGACUGAUGUGUUAAGAGAUUAUAUAAAAAGCUCUAGAGUUUUGGGAAAACUUAAUGUACCUGUACGUUUCUUGAAGAAGGUCCAGAGCUCAAGCAAAAUGGACCACAAAGCCGAGAGGUGAAGCGCCAACAAUUCGGAAGAGGAGCCUUUGCUGCGAAGGAAGCUGCAGUUGAAGCCACGUAUGAGGCUGCUGUGGAGAAGAGAAGCGGCAGAGGCAAAACAAGGUUGAAACUUCAGAGAAGGAAGCAGAAGAAGAUGAGGCAAACAGACAAGGUAGAAGCUGAAGGGAAGAAGUGGCUGGCCCUGGCCUAUGAGUCUUCUUCUGCCUGAAGAUAUGUUCUGUCGGCAUGCAGCAUGAUGAUAUAUGAUUUGUGGAUGUGAUACAUUGGAGUAGUAACAGAUUCUGCACCAGUUCUCUUUUCUGUCUUUCCUGAACAUAUGUAGAGAGUGGACAGUUUUUAAGUUAAUUACCGUGAGGCGCAAGUGUUGAUUCAUGCCGGUCCGUCCCAGUUGCUAUGAAA